AAGAUAGCAAAUAUUUCAUUAUUCAUCAUACAACAGCUGGAUACAUACAUACAUAUAUAUAACCAAAGUCUCAAGAUUUCCAACGCAUUCUCCAACGGUUACAUGUGCUUGAAAAGGCUUUUUCAGACCGUGACAACAAUUAAACCAAACUGCACUCUUACUCACUACAUAACCCGCGCCCUUCACACACCAUUUGUGUACUCUCCCAUCUCCCCCACCUAUACUCUCUCUCUCUCUCUCUCUCUCUCUCUCUCUCUCUCUCCAACUCUCUAAUCCAAAUCCAACAUGGAAAGUUGCAGGAAAGGUCCAUUGAAGCCAUGGAAGAAAGGUCCCACAAGGGGCAAAGGUGGCCCUCAGAACGCGUCUUGUGAGUACCGUGGUGUUAGACAAAGAACUUGGGGCAAAUGGGUUGCAGAGAUCAGAGAGCCCAAGAAGAGAACCAGACUUUGGUUGGGUUCAUUCUCAACAGCCGAAGAGGCUGCCAUGGCCUACGACGAAGCUGCAAGGAGGUUGUAUGGUCCCGAAGCUUACCUUAACCUACCACACCUUCAACCCAACUCCAGUCCUAAUAAACCCAACCAAUUUAAAUGGUUUCCAUCAAAGAAUUUCAUUUCCAUGUUUCCUUCGUGUGACUUACUUAAUAUAAACGCGCAACACAAUGUUCAUGCCAUUCAUCAAAGGCUACAAGAACUCAAGAGAAAUUCUUCUUCUCUUAAUCAACUACCACCCUCUUCCUCAUCUUCAUCUUCUUUUGACUCGAAUUCUGAAUUUUUUAUCACAGAAGACAAAUGCUACAUAGAAAACUCACUAGCUAAGCAAGAAGAGGCCAUGCUUUCAUCCGAGCAGUUGUUAGGGGGUCGUGAAGAGAAGCCUCAGAUUGAUCUACACGAGUUUCUUCAGCAAUUGGGUAUACUAAAAGAAGGUAGUGGAUCAGAAGGUGGCGACACCCUGGGAAGCUUUCCACUGCCGGAAUCUUUGCUUGAAGACGAUGGGCUAACAGCUUUUGGAGAGCAGACUUUCAAUUGGGGUUCACUGGUCGAUAUACAUGGAUUAGAGGGUAAUCAAGGAGCUGUAAACAGUGGCAUACAGGUUGAUAUACACGAAGAGUUGACCUUCCCCAGUUCUAUUUGGAACUUUUGAAGUGCCAGCUAAUUUUGGUGUAGUAAUUUCUAGUUUUAAGCUUUUGGUGGAUAGAAUUCAUAGGGAGAAAAAGGACAAAAGAAAAGUAAUUGGCCAACCUUUAUUCUUAGAGUGUGUCAGUUUCUGUUGAAUGAAACUAAGACAGGACUAGACUGUCAUCGCUAAUGGUUCUAUACAUGCUGGAUAGUUGUAAAGAUUCAGUCAUACUGGUUCUAAGGAAAGCAAAAGACUGAUACUGGUUGUAGAGGUUCUAAUUUCUUAAGCCCAUGGGAUUCCAGGCUUAGGAAUAGGAUCUCCCAGGUUUCAGCUAUUAUUUUACGUGUCACCGACUCUGACAAGGAGAGAUAGUGAGAUAGUGUGUUUAUGUGUGUGUGUGCAGCGUGCCUGUUUC